AGAGCUAAUAACCGUAGCUACGAUUUGUAGAGCCGGAUGUUUCGGUAUUGGAGGUUGUAUUGGGUGUUGUAGCACUAGCUCCAUGCUCGACUCCGUGACUCCAAGAACCAGCAGGCUUCACCUGGUCGAUGUGUUUGACGUACAGAAAGCAAAGAAAAGCUACUACUCCGACGCAUGCGACAAUCCAUAAAAACUUCAGUCGCCUGUGGGACUCGGCCGCCAUGA